AGUCACUUUCUCUCUCUAGGAGAACAAAUUCUCUCUCUUUCUUGAGGCUUCUCUCACUUUCUCUCUCCUAUGGAUUUCUAUAUCUUAGUCCUGUGCAUUCAGAAUUGACAAAACCUGCAACUUUCCCUCUCUCAAUCUUCUGCUGCACCUCCCAUUUAUUAUUCUUACACUCCUGCUUAAUCUUCUCAACUACAGGGAAGGUUGUAGACCCCUAUAACCUACACAUGCAAAUCAUAUGAGACUCUUCUUGCCAUCAUUACUUAAUCACUCCUUACCCCACUUCACUUUACUGUAUCUCGAUUCUCUAUUCAUCUCUUCUUUCUCUCUCUCUCUCUCUCUAACACACACCCCCUCUAUUGCAAAACUAAAACUCUCUUUCUCUCUCAUCCCCUCUUUUGCAAAACAAACAUUCUCCUAUCAUCUUUCUGUUCACCACUCUCUCUUUCUCUCUCUAAAAAUCUAUCAAUAGAAUGGACAUGAGGGCUGGGCAUGUCUUUCCUGAUCUGUCUCUACAGAUCAGCCCACCAUCUCAGAUGGAUCUAGAGAUGGCCAUUGAAGAGGCAUGGCACCCAUUAUCGAGAUUAUCAGGCGACCAUAUUCCAACCACUAAUUCUGGAACAAGCAGUGAAAAUAGCCAGGAAUCACCAUUUCUGCUGCACCAUCGUUUGAUGAUGCAUAUGGUCUCAUCGGAUAAUGAUAAGGCCUCUGAGUUUCUUGGACGAGGGCCAAAUGCUUCUUUUCCUUUCACUGAUUCUUUUAAUGGAGAUGCCGUGAUUUUGGGGCUUGGAUCUCACCACCAUUUACCAGCUUUAGGAAGGGACUUCAAGAGGAAUUCGAGGAUCAUGAGUUGUGGCAGUAAGAGGAGCAUGAGAGCGCCGAGGAUGAGAUGGACCACCACGCUCCACGCCCACUUUGUGCAUGCUGUCGAGCUCCUUGGUGGUCACGAGAGAGCAACACCCAAGUCUGUUUUGGAGCUAAUGAAUGUGAAAGAUCUAACGCUGGCCCAUGUCAAGAGUCAUUUACAGAUGUAUCGCACAGUGAAGAGCACCGACAAGGGGGCAGGUCAAGGGCCGACAGAGAUGGGCUUGAGGCAGAGGUCAAGGGUUUCUCAACCUGAGAGUGGUGGUUUCUUGAGAGAGAGAGCCAACCAUUUCUUCUCCUCUGAGAACGUACCUUCACAUGUAGUUUCGAGGGGAUCUUGGCUCGACUCAUUAACAAAGGAAAAUGAAUCAAUUUACUCUCAAGCAGAGACAAACCAGUAUACAAAUUUAGAAGUUGAGGUUGACAAAUACAAGGAAGCUAGUGAUUCAUAUCAUGAGGAAGCUGAGAAGUGGCAUUCCAGCUCUUAUCCAUCUCCACAGUUAACUUCUUCAAGAUUGCUUUCUAAAUUGCCUAAUUUGGAAUUUACUUUGGGAAGGGAAAGUUGGCAAAAUGAUUACUCAGAAACUACAAGUGAACUCGCACUUCUUAAAUGCUAAAUGUCUACAUACUGGGAAUGCCAUGAUGUAAAUGUCUUUUGGCUGGUUUACAAAGUUGCCCUUAUGGGAAGGUUAUACA